AUGAUUUCUAGUGAAGGAAAUUGGAAAUUCAACUUCAGGCGAGUGCUUACAUAUGCAGAAGCUCAAGAAUAUGCGGUGUUGAUUACUGCCAUUGGUGAUGUUCCCCCUACUCGUGAUAGCAUGGAAGAUACAAGGAGGUGGAAAUUACAUCCCUCCGGUGUGUUUUCUGUCAAAACUCUGUACUCUCAGUUGGUGGCGGAACAUGGAGUGAAUAACUUUCCCUCUCAUUUCAUAUGGCAGCAGGCAAUCCCUCCGAAAAUCUGUUUUCUAAUGUGGUGUUUGGUUCAUGGUAAGCUGAACACUAUAGAUUUGCUUCAACGGAAAGGUAUGAAUCUACAUAAUGAUUGUGAUUUGUGUUGUGGAGGAGAAGAGACACAAGACCAUCUUUUCCUGCAUUGUAAGAUUGCAUACAAGAUUUGGUGUAACCUAACACCUUCUACAUGUUGGACUUGGGUAUUACCGGGUUCAAUGUUAGCUUUAGCAGAAUCAUGGCAUACAACUCAAUUUUCUGAAGAUGGAAACUACAUAUAG